GGAUGGCUCACGGCAUCUUGGGGCUCAUGCGGCCCUUGCGGAGCCGAUUGAACGCCACCAAAAUUCGCCUCCUUCUUCUCUGUGGUGUGACUGAGCAGCACCACAGCCCGGCAAAGUGGUCAGAAAGAGGCUUCAGCUCCACACAGGGGCUCCAGGAUGGCCCUGGGGAAUCAAGCUCUGAGGAUCAGGUGACAGUGCAUUUUAUAAAUCGGGAUGGAGAGCGACUUACGACCACAGCCAAAGAGGGGCAGAGUUUGCUGGAAGUGGUAGUCAAUCACAACUUGGCCAUUGAUGGAUUUGGUGCCUGUGAAGGGACGUUAGCCUGCUCUACGUGUCACCUCAUCUUUGACAAGGACACCUUCCAAAAGCUUGAUGCCAUCUCAGAUGAAGAGUUAGACAUGCUGGACUUGGCAUAUGGACUCACGGACACAUCUCGCCUUGGCUGCCAGGUGUGCGUGAAGAAGUCGAUGGAUGGUCUGACUGUGAGGGUCCCCAUGGACGUGUCGGACAUGAGGAGGCAGCUGGAGGUUGGAAAGCAAAGCAAACAGUAACUGGAAACGACUGCUGCACAGCUUAAAGCCUCAUUUAGGCGU